AUGCUGCAGGACAAAAACACCGCUCAGAAUUUAUGUGCGCAAGUACUCAAAGAAUUUCCAUGGUACGAUGAUCUCGUUAUCAUUUUGAGGGGCAAUCCGGCAUUGUCCCUCAAAACAGUUUCAUCACACCCAGGAAUGGACCACACCGCCAAUUUUUUCUCAAUAUCUCAUUCAGCUGGAAGUUCAUACUCUAAUGGCCCGAAUUCUGGAAGCGCUCAGUAUGGCUAUGCCCCUGGCACUCUUCCUCCUUCUGGCGCUUAUCCUCCUGCUGGGGAUUAUUAUCCUCCUUCCAGCGCUCAUUCUCCUUCUGGUGCUCAUCAUCCUCCUGGGGAUUAUUCCCCUUCUGGCACUCAUCCUCCUCCCAGGAAUUACUCCCCUUCCGGCACUCAUCCUCCUUCUGGCACUCGUCCUCCUCACUCCAAAGCUCCUCCUUACUUUACUCAAACUGGCAGUCAAUAUGGAUUCGGUCACGUCCCUCAGCCCUAUCAGAUGGGCUACCGUGAGGAGUACAUGCAGCAGCCUCAGUUUCAAUCGCACAGCAUGCCUUCCCCUUCUGACUUUCUUCUCGACAAGGAUGAAGACAUGCCAGAUUACUUUGGCCCCCUCAAUGAUGACGAGGGGAUGGAUUUCUCAUUCGGUGACCUAUGGCCACAUAAUUCCCCGAUGAUGCAUGAUUACUAG